AUGAGCCUGGACAAAGAGCUGGUCGAUCCCGCUGGCCGCGACGAUGAAGAUGACGAGCCUGUUGCCCUGGAGGAGCCCAUCGACAACCUCAACUCGCCAGCCGCCGCCCUGAAGACGAGCGAGAUCCUGGCCGCCUGCACUUGGAGAGAUGCCACGCGCCUGAGAGCUCUCGCCGAGUCUGACGGCGGCCUGCUUGCCGAUUCGCUUCGCCAGGCUGCCUGGCCCAUCCUGCUUGGACUGACACCCCCGGCCGACGAGAAGGAACACCAAGGCGAUGGCACGCGCGCAGCAGAUGUCGAUGCCGAUGCUACCAGUGGUCAUUGGAAAGAAUUGCCGCGCCACAGAGAUGAGGACCAAGUUCAGCUCGACGUAAACCGGUCCUUUGUUCAUUACCCUAGCGACCAGUCUGAACCGGAGCUACACAAACGGAAACAAGAGCUAUCAGAUCUCAUCGUCGAGGUUCUUCGCCGCUACCCAUAUCUUUGCUACUUUCAGGGAUACCAUGACAUCUGCCAGGUAUUCCUGCUAGUCCUGGAGCCAGCAUUCAGGGCGCCUCUGGUCGCUCGGCUCUCCAUUCUACGGAUUCGCGACUUCAUGCUGCCUAGCCUCAGCGCCACAACCGCACAGCUAAGGCUCCUGCCCGACAUCCUCGCCCGCGCGGAUCCCGAGCUCCGCCGGCACCUUUCCAGCAUAGAGCCUUUCUAUGCGCUCGCCGGCACGCUCACCAUGUAUGCUCACAACAUAGAGCGGUACAGGGACAUCGCCCGGCUGUUUGACGUCAUCCUGGCCCGGGAGCCUACGUUCUCCAUAUAUUUGUUUGCUCAGAUUGUCAUAGACCGCCGCGACGAGAUCUUUGAGAUUGACGAGCCUGAUAUGCUUCAAGUCAUUCUCGGCAGGGUCCCGCCGGAACUGGAUCUAGAUGACCUGAUCAAGAAGUCUGUGGACCUGUUCGUACGCCAUCCCCCGAAGACUCUCCGAUCGUGGUAUCAAAUAUCGGCGUCAAGCGUGCUCAAAACUUGCACAGACGUCGAUGAUAGCACCCGGCAAACGCUAGAGGAUGGACACCAGUACUUCGAGAGGCAGGUCAAGGAAAUACAGUGGCAAGAGCUGAGAAUUGGGGUUAGGAGGAAGAUGUGGAUGUACAGGCGUCCUGUCAGAUUCAUUGGAGCAGCCAUCAUGGUCGGAGUUGUGGCAUUCUAUCUUCGGCGAAACCCUACUCUUAUCCAGUACAUAUGGUCCCUCUUCCCUGGCCAGCGUUAG